CAUAGCGUAUCGCCGAUGGAGGAUCCUUUUACAUUUCUGUGGGUGGCUAAUUGUGCGCUUUAUUCAACUGUUGCUGCUUUUUUGUUGCUUAAAGGAUGGAAGAAAGAUUAUGUUAAUAAUGGAUCAAGGGGGAGUGGGAGUGCAAGUGAUAAAAAGAGGAAGGAAUAUCUGGAUAAAGCUACCAAUCUCAGGUCGAAAAUAUCUAUUGCAAAUGCAGAAUUGGAAAGAUUAAAGGAGAAUCGAAAGUUGACAAAGAAAGGAAAGAAAAACAGAAAAGAAUUAUUGAAAGAGUGUAGAGCAAUAUCAGCUUCGGAACUUGUGACCUACAUAGAGAAGAAGAAGUAUGAGCUGAGAAAGUUAAAGAGGAAUUACAUCAGACGGAAAAAGCAACAUGAAGCAAGAUCAUUAAACCGCCAAUUCAAGGAAGACGCAAAGGGUGUUUAUUCAAGGCUUGGUACGAUGUGUAACGACAAUGAAGAUCGACCCAAGUAUAAGACAGACGACAUCAAUGGUAGUCAUGAUCAAGGCAGAAAUCAAKCUGAUGAUUUUGAGAAUAUCGAACAAGCAUCUAGUUUUUGGAUGGAYCUGUGGGAGACGAGUGGGACUGGAAAUGAGAAGGCUGAAUGGUUACAACCUAUUAAAGAUGCAAUUGCUCGUAGAGUGCCCCCAGCGUCUGAGGAAAAGUGGUGUCUAGAUGCUGCACAAGCUGUAAAGACCUUAUUGAAGAAGCGGAAUUGGAGUGCCCCAGGUCCAGAUAAACUCGUUAACUUCUGGUGGAAGCGUGCGCAUGUACUGCAUGAUGGUGUGGCUAAGUCAUUUACAUCUAUCUCCGAGAGUAGCAAUGAAUUUCCUGAGUGGUUUUCUGAAGGAAAGACAAGACUGAUACCCAAGCCUGGUGAAUUUUCAAGUGAAAAUCAGCGUCCAAUUACAUGUCUAAAUAACAUGUAUAAAUGGUUCACCUCGUGUUUACAAGACCCAAUGGAUAAUCACUUGUCGGAACAUGAGCUGAUGGAGAAUGAGCAGAGAGGAGCAAAAGCAGGUUGUAGUGGGACAUCGGACAAUCUGAUGAUAGAUCGAAUGGUAACAAUGGACUGUCAUAGGGGUCAUAGAAACCUUAGCAUGGCCUGGGUUGACGUCAAAAAAGCGUACGACACCGUGGAUCACAAAUGGUUAGCUGAGAGUAUGAAGGUACAUCGCUUUCCCCAUUGGUUGUGCAGAGUGAUUAGCAAACUUCUUCAGAGUUGGAAUACAAAGAUUGUUGUUAACACAAAGCAUGGAACUGAAACCUCCCGCAGGAUUCGGUUUAUGAGAGGACUGCCUCAGGGUGAUGCUUUAUGUCCGCGUCUGUUUACACUCUGCUUGAACCCAGUAGCCUGGUUACUCAACGCAGCUGAGGGAURUAAGCUUUCCAAACCAAUUGGCACGAAGAUUACCCAUCUUCUGUACAUUGAUGAUCUCAAGRUUUUUGCCUCAUCUCAAACAAAGCUAAAUACUGUUUUACRAUCGACAAGUAAGGCAAUGGGAAAUAUAGGAUUGGAGUGGAACCCGAAGAAGUGCAAUACUAUCCAUGUUAAAAGAGGGGUCCAAGUGUCUGAUGCGUUAGGUCUUCAACUCAAUCAGACAACAGUGGUUGAAAGUCUUAAGACUGGUUCAAGCUACAAGUUCCUAGGGGUAUGUGAAACGGUAAAACAAGAUGAGAAGUCAGCUCUUGAGUGUGCAGCAAAGGUUUACCUUCAAAGAGUGUCUGUAAUCUGGUCUAGCCCCCUUUCCGAUGUCAACCGAGUGAUAGCUACCAACCAAUUUGCACUUCCUGUUCUCAACUAUCUGAUGUGGACUCAGCACUGGCCAAUCAACGAGCUGAGAGCAAUCGACAGAGAGACAAGAAAAANUUCAAAAAUUAACCACAAGGCAAAGCAGGUCUGGGCUGUGGAAAUGAGCUGCCCUUGGAUUGACAAUCGUAAAAAGAAGAUCAAGGAGAAAGCCACCAAGUACGGAGCACUACUUUUGGAAUUAAAACAACAACACCCUGGAUACAAGGUACAACAAUGCAACAUCGUAAUUGACGUGCUCGGGGGAUGGUCGAGAGAUUUAGAACAAGAUAUGAAGAAGCUGUUGGUUGACGUAGUUCAUGUGUUUUCGAGGGAUAUUGGAAUGGAGUUUGGGUUGGAUAAGUGUGCUGUGUUGAUCUUGAAACAAGGGAGCAAGGUGCACUGUGAAGGAAUUUUAUUACCUGAUGGUAAGGAAAUGAGUGAGAUGGAUGAGAGUGGGUAUAAGUACUUGGGUGUGUUGGAAGGGGCUGAUAUUAUGCAGAAAGAAAUGAAGCAGAAGGUGAGAGAUGAAUACUUGAGGAGGGUGAAGCUUGUGGCAAAAUCCAAGUUGUAUGGUGGUAAUUUGAUCAAGGCAAUCAAUGCUUGGGCUGUUAGUGUGGUAAGGUAUAGUGCAGGUAUCUUGGACUGGAGUGAUCGAGAGUUAAAGGAGAUGGAUGUAAAGACUAGAAAGAGGUUGACAAUGUUUGGGACAUUUCACAAGAAGGGGAGUGUUCCAAGAUUGUACAUGAAGAGGAAGCAUGGUGGUAGGGGACUGAUCAGUGUUGUUGAUUGUGUGAGAGAAGAAGAGCUUGGUUUGUGUGGGUAUGUGAAAGCCAGUGAAGAGUGGAUGCUAAAGGUGGUUGGUGAGAUGGUAGAAGUUGGUGAGACGAAGAAGGAGUAUAAGAAGAGGGUACAGAAGGAGAGGAGGGAGAAUUUUAUGCAGAAGAGGCUUCACGGAAAGUUUAUGAGAGAUGUGAGUGAAGUGGCUGAUGAGAGGUCAUGGCAGUGGUUAAGAGCAGGGUAUUUGGGAAAGGGCACUGAGGGGUUUGUGUUUGCAGCACAAGAACAGGCUUUGAGGACGAGGUUUUUCCGAGCCACGAUCCAAAAGGAAGCUGUUGAUCCAAAGUGCAGGGUUUGUGGUAAGGAGGUGGAGUCUGUGGGACAUUUGGCGAGUGGUUGUAGUGGGCUAGCUCAAAAGGAAUACAGGAGAAGGCAUGAUAGAAUGGGCUUGAGGGUGUAUUGGGAACUGUGUAGGAAGUAUGGAGUGAAGUGUGCUGAUGUUUGGUAUAAGGAAGUACCCGAUGAGGUAAGGGUGUCAGAGGAUGGUCAGGUAGAGAUUUGGUGGGACAGGGGCGUCGAGACAACACAGAAGAUGGAACAUAAUCGUCCGGAUGUUACUGUGUUGAAUCGGGCGGCCCAGGAGUGGACGUUUGUUGAUUUCUCGGUGCCUUGGGACAAGAACGUGGUGUUGAAGGAGGAUGAAAAGGUUGCAAAGUAUGCACCUUUGGCAAAGGAGAUAAGGAAGAUGCACCGGGUAUCAACAAAGGUAGUUCCAUUAGUUGUUGGUUGUCUUGGGGUUGUGUCGAGUAGGUUUGUGGGAUACCUAAAAGUUUUGGGUAUCCCAGAUGUUCUGGGUGGUAUGCAGACGUGUGCAGUGAUUGGGACCACCCUCAUUUUACAAAAGGUGCUUAGCGUCUAAGCUCCUGGAUGGGGCCGACUCUAAGUUAAAUUAACACCAGCAGUAUGAAUUAUAUCUCUACUCUGGUUGUCUGUUAAACAGAAAUUCGUUAUUAUUAUUAUUAUGGCA